GACUAUAAAAUACCUCAUUGAUUCCCAAAGUCUCGAUCUCAAAUAUUUAUUCUCAAUAAUAUCUCUCUAAUUCUACAUCUUGCACCAUGCCAGAUUUAUCUUCUUCCCAAAUCACAAAACCCCUCAAUAAUAUUGUGGAGAAGUCGCUAUUAAUAAACGAGCUACCAAGAUCGCGUUUUUGGGAAACCAUGGACAUCUGCCAAUGGGAAGGCUUCUGGUUCGAGCCGAGCCUCGUAGGUCCCGCCAUGACCUUCCGGUCAACCUUCCACGCCCGAGACGACGACGUUCUCCUUGCAUCCACCAUGAAAACGGGGACCACUUGGCUCAAAUCCCUCUCCCUCUCCAUCAUCACGCAAAAUCGCAACCGCCGCCAAACCACCACAACCUCCGACAUUUUAACCUCGGAGAACCCACAUUACCUCGUACCCACAAUCGAAAGCACCAUGUAUUCAACCAAGCCCCUCCAAUUCGACCCCUACGAUUCAUCAGAUCCACGCCUCCUCCACACCCACCUCCCGUACUCCGUCCUCCCCGACUCCGUCAAGAACGGGCCGUGCAAGAUCGUGUACAUCGCCCGUAACCCUAAGGACACCGUAAUCUCGAUGUGGCAUUUUUUUAACUCCAUCUUACAACAAGAGGAAGAUCCGUUUCCAAUGGAGAAAGCGGUCGACUGCUUCUGCUCGGGGGUCCAUCAAUACGGUUCGUUCUUCGACCAUGUGAGGGAGUACUGGGUCGAGAGCAAGAAAAGGCCCGAUAAGAUACUAUUUGUGAAGUACGAGGAAUUGAAGACCGAGCCGAAGAGACAUGUUUCGAAGAUUGCCGAGUUCUUGGGGAGGCCGUUUGGAGACGGUGAUGAAGGAGCAUUAGUUGAGGAGGUUUUGAGUAGGUGUUGUUUGGAGAGACUGAAGAAUUUGGAGGUAAACAAGAAUGGUUCCGUUUUGCUUAAUGUGCCGAAUAGUUCGUUUUUUAGGAAGGGCGAGGUCGGUGGUUGGAAAAACUAUUUGACGGCUGAGAUGGAAGAGAUGAUCGACCAAACAAGCCGUAUCAAGCUUGAGCCCUUUGGCCUCUUUCUUUAGUUUUUGUGUGUGUGUGUGUGUUUCUCAUGCAUGCUUUUAAUUAAUAGGUGUUUUUUACUUGAUUCAACUGCAUUAAAUGUAAGUAGUUUGAAAUAUACGAUCACCAGUUUGAAAUUAAUUAACAGCAUUCGAGGUUACAUUGCGAUCCAUGAUUGACUUUGAGAAGUCUAAAUAUACGAAUAUACGGAAUGUUAGAUGCUAUACUUGGUUAUUUACAUCUGAGUGGAUUUAAACUGUAGAUUUGAUUAAAUAACUACCCACUAAGCACAUAUACACAUAAUGUAUGUAA